GUUAAAAAGGCAGUUUAAAAAUCGAUUGCAGUCGACAACGAUGCUUUUGCACUUCUAGCGGAUGGUGAACAGCAGUGUUUGUGUUAUUAAGGUUCUACUGUACAUUAAAAACAUUUUUGGCUUGGCGUCAAAAUUAUUGGAAAAAAAUUAUUGGAGCAAAAUGUCGAUGGCCGAAACGCUGGACUAUCUCAUACUGGGCAAUCCCGUCAGCCAGCUGAUCAUCUCAUCGGCAAAUGCCUUUCUGCAGACCAUCGGCUUGCAUCAUAGGACGGUGAAGUGUCCCUACGAGGAUGCCAUCCUGAUCUUCCAACCCUCCUCGCAUUCCUUUGUGCGUUCGCAUAGCUCACUGUACUGCCUCGCCGGAUGCCAUUAUCAUUUCGUGCGGCUGGCGGGGAUCGGCGGAGCCUCGGCCAUCUUCAUGGGCGCCUACUGCAAGUACGUCCUGCGGGAUCUCGACAGCGUACGGGAGCAGCUGGACUCGCAGGCCUACGCCGAUGUGGCCAAUCGCAUCCACUUCCUGCACUCCUUCGCUUUGAUGGCCAUGCCCCUGGCCCACAAUCCCUUCCUCACCGGAUCGCUAAUGAUCACGGGCACCCUGCUCUUCAGCGGUUCCAUGUACUAUCGCGCCCUCACCGGCGAGAAGUGGAUGCAACCAUAUGCGACCAUCGGGGGAUUCUGCCUCAUGGGCGCCUGGCUAUCGUUGGUGCUGUAG